AGCACGUAGAUUAUUUCUUUCAAAGAAAAAAAACUUUCUCUAAGUGAAUUACGUCAUUGUAACAAUGACAAUUCUCUGAUUCUCUAUAACCUAUCAUUAUUGGAGUUCCAUUGAUGUUUGUAAAUAGUAGUAGUGAUACCCAAUUUUACUCUAAAGUUCCUUUUACCUUUCGAAGUUUAUAAUUAACAGUGUACGAAUAAAAGUGCUUUGAUAUUCUGUCUAAGAUACAAACGCAUAACCUUAACGAAUGUUGAUCUAUUUUGUGAAUUUUUUACUUCAUUAAUCCAUGUUAUUAAUUAGAAUGAAUGAUUAUAAUAUAGAUAAAUUAUUAACAUUUUAUUUGAAUCAAUUUUAUUAUGUAGAAAAUUUUUCUUCAUCUUAGAAAAAUGAAUGUUAAUUAAAUUUUAAAUAAACUAGUACACGGAUGGAGUGUGUCAAUUUAACAGUAUAGCUUUAUAAAUAUAAUUGUUAUUCAAAUCAGUGCCAAUAAUCCAAUAAAAAUGUAAUCUGGCAUUGUCAUGAGUGGAUUAGACCUGGAAGAGCACUCUUACGUGAAAGUGCUCUACGACUUUCAAUAUAAAACAGCAGAGGGUCGAGAUAUAGUUAUAAAAAAGCAUGAAAAAUUAUAUUUACUGCAAAAAACCAAUGCUGAUUGGUGGCAGGUUAUUAGAAACAAACAGCAACGAUCCUUCUAUGUACCAGCUACAUAUGUUAGAGAAGUUUCAUCAAAAACAUCUAGAAAAACCUCUCGAGAGGAUAAAGCAUUUAUACCAUUGGAUGCAUCUAAAUAUAAAAAUAUGCCUAAGGAAACAUCUAGUGCCAUGAAAAAUGUCAAAAAAUGGCUGGCUGGAUCAGCAGAUGGCAAGCAAGAGGCUUCAAAGUCUAUAUACGUGACAGAUGAAUCUCAUAAACAUAAUGCAAUGGAUUACGCCACGCGAGCCGAGUUAAAAGUUGGACUAGCAGCUAUUAAAACCAAGUCACUAGAAAGAGAUAAUGUGAAAGAGAUAUCUGAUCAUAAAGAAAGUUCAAAAGACAAAAAAGUAUUAAAGGAAGAGAAGAAAAAAACAUUAACUGCAAUGAAUGUAUCAGAUGCUGACCAAAAUAAUGUUAAAAUUUCUAGGUCUUUUUCAACUAGCCCUAAAUCCUUUGAUUUACAGUCAAGAAUGGAAAUGACUCUACCAGAUCCUUUCCGACAAGAACUAGAAAGCAGCUUAGAUAGAAGACGUAAGAAAUCCGAUAAUCCAAAUUACGAAAAGUUUUCACGAGAGAGUCGUGAUCUGGAAGUACCUCGAAAAACACGAAUUAGAACAAAAUCUUCGCACUCCGAUGAUUCUCAAUUAGAUAGUGAUAUUGAUGAUAAAUUUCUCUUACGCAACAAUAAGAAAUCUAGAAGAUUAGACAAACCAGAGUCAAAACUUAGUGUAUCUUUACAUGAUGAACUCAGUAGUGAUCAUCAAAAUCCUAGUAUAUCAACUAGAAAUAGUCGGAGUUUAGAUCUAGAAUCAAAACAAUUUUGCAUGCGAACUGAGAGAAGUUUAAGUCCAAAACUACCAUACGGGCGCCAGCUGACACUUGUUGGACAAGCAACUGAUGAAGAGGCUAAUGGAAAUAAUAGUGGAGAUUAUAAAAUUCUUAAUGAUAAACGGAGAACUUGGGCUGUGGAAGAACUUAUGUCAGAGCUUACUCAAAUGUGCAAAGAAAGAAAAAAUAUCUCUAAAAAGCCAAAUUUUCAAUUGAAAAGCACUGAAAUUAAAGAUAAUUUUAAUCCAGUUGAUGAAUUAACAAAAGAAUUGCAUGAAAUAAAUUUACAAAGGUCUGAAACAAAUACUCCACAAAUAGAGCAUCGAUCAAAUGAUAUUAAAUUAGUUGAUGCACCGCCAAGUAAUAUUUGUAAAAUCUCUAUUAAUUCAGAAAAUAAACCUUUUAUUGAAAUUGAUUCUUCUACUGCUCAAAAAUCUUUAAAAGAAGAUGAUGAAUAUGAAGAUAUCACAGAACAUUUAAAUAUUUCUGAAACAUCUGAUAUAUCAGAUAGUUCCACAGCUUUUCGUUUUCCUAAACAAGAAAAUCAAUUAAAAUUUACAAUUCGCACUGAAAUAAUUCCACAAAGUAAACCACUGAGAUCACCGAAGUCGCCAAAGAUAUUAGAUGAGUACAAUGAGGCAAAUAUAUUAAAUGAUUGUUCACCUGACGAUUCAUUCAGUGAUAAUCGAUCAUUAUCAUUAGAUAAACGGCUACGUUAUCGCAAGUGUACAACGAAUGAACCAAGUUACUCAACUACAGACAAUGAUCAUGAGUCGGGUUACUCUAAUAUUAAAAUACAUUCGAGUAAAGUUAAAAUGCGUUCAAAAAUAAAAUCGAAUAAUUCAUCUAGCGAAUUUAAAUUAACUCCAUCAUUAGAAAAACUUGCAAGUGAAAUACAGUUUCUCCCUGCAAGAAGAACCAGUAUAGAUAAGACAAAAAAUACUACUAUAUUAAGUGAAAGUAUGAGUGAUGGUGACGCGUACGAUGACAGUGGGAUUCAUGAAGAUACUUACAGGUCUGAAGAUUCAUGGAAUGGUCGCAGGCAUUUAAAAUACUCAAACAGCUUUAAAAGUAAACGAGAAGGAAGGUAUUUUAAUCAACGAGAAUUUUCUGAUGAAGAAGAAGAGAUGAUGGCAAAUGCCAAAAAGUGUAGCUUGAAAAAAAGUUCCACAUUACAUUUUACUACGAUACCUGAUAAUUAUCAACGCUUUCGAAAUAAAAAUGAUUUUGCAUCUACUUCAAUUAAUGCAUUAAAGAGAAAGAGUAGAAGUCUAAGUGAUUUUCGAUGUUUGGAAGAGGAAAUUAUUAUAGAAUAUAAAAAUUAUCCUCAAGAAUCUCCUAAAUCAAAACCUAUACCCUUACCACGAACAAAAGUACCACUUAAUCCUGAAGAUUUAAUUCCUUCAAAAGUCAAUGAUAAGAUAGUUAAUAAUGCAGAACAAGUGAAAAUUCCAGCUCCAAGAAAAAUAAGCAAAAGAAUGAAUAAUUCUACUGAAAAUCUUUGGGAUAGAUUUAAUUCGCAUGGAAUGACUGUAACUGAUGAAAUAAAUAUCGAAUCAAGCACUGCCGUCGGUUUCAAAACACUUUUGUGUACAUCUGAUAGCGGUUCUGAUAAUUGUCUUCAAUCGAAAGAAUUGCUCUCAAACAAUGAUGACAAUGAUGAUAAUAUAAAAAAUCAAAUUCAAGACAAAUCUAGUUCAAAUAUGAAUUUAAAUAAAAAUAAAGAAAAAUUGUCACGUGAUAGUCCUUCAGACGAUCAUAUACUCAGCUCAAAUGCAAGUUCUGAAGCAUUACAAAGUCAAUCAGAAUCCGAAGUUACAGCAGCUUUUGACGCUUCUUCUCAACCAAGUCCUGUCAAUGCUCGAGUCGCUCAAGAUGGUUAUGAAUGUACGAUUAAUUUACCGCCUGGGUGGACGCAAAAGUAUGAUCCACAUACAGAUCAAAUUUGCUUCGUUAACGAACAAGGAAAUAAGUGGUUUUCUUCAAAUGACGAUGAAGGAAAAAUAUACUUCUUUGAAGAAAAUAGCAAUGAGUCUUCUUGGGUCCUUCCAACAAUAACAGCAGAAAAAAUGCAAACUAGAACUGCCCAGAAAGAAUAUCCAUCACUAGAAGAAAGUAGCAUUUCAAACGAGUUUAGCCAAUGCGAAAACGUGCUUAGUGGUGUUCAACAUGGAAAUCAAAGUAUUAUUAAUCGAGAUCUUAUAACUAAAAAAGCAGGGAGUCUACUGAAUGACUGGCCGCAACUUUCAUUUGAUGGUAACAUGAGAAUAUUGAAAGAAGGUCCUCUAAGUCGUACGAAAAUUACAGAAAAUGGAAAGAAGCUUCGAAAAAAUUGGAAUACUUCAUAUGCUGUUUUAACAGAAUUAUUUUUACUCUUCUUCAAAGACUCAAAAACAUUCAAUACAAUGAUGAAGAGUGGUCAAUCUCCAAUGGCAAAACCUGAUAUAUCUGUUGACUUGAAUGGUGCAUCAAUCGAGCCUGGAGAACGAGUAAGCAGUAGGAAAAAUGUAUAUAUGAUUGGUACAGUACUUGGACUUCAAGUACUCAUACAAAGUGAUAAUACUUCUGUUGCUGCUGAAUGGUUUCAAGAAAUUCAUGGAGUCAUACAGAAAUUGCCAUUUAGCUUAACUAAAAUCGCUUCUGGUCCGUCUGAAACUCGGAAGGUCAGUAAUUGCAAGUCACCUUCAGAAUCGAAUCAAUCAGAAGAUUCCAAAAAAUCAUCUAAGGUCAUCAGAUCUCGAUCAAUGAAAAGUAAUUAUUCUUUAUUUAAGCAUGUAAAAUUGAUUUAUUAUCACAAUAACUUGACAAAUAUUAUAUUAAAUUUUUUAGCUGUUAAAAAGCUAGAUGAUUCAUUAGAAGAUCUUAGUGUUACACCAGCGGAACGACAAACCAAAAUUAAAGCCAAACUUCGUCGAUUUUUCUUAAGACGUCCUACUGUUGAAUCUUUAGUAAAAAAUGGUAUUUAUAAAGAUGAACCAGCAUUCGGUUCAUAUUUAAAAGAUGUAUGUCCUACGGAACCUCCAAGAGUACCUAUAUUCGUAAAAAUAUGCAUUGAAGUAUUGGAAAGUAAUGAAGAAAAUAUGAAGACUGACGGUUUGUACCGAGCAAGUGGCAACUUGAGUCAAAUUCAAAAAAUACGUCUCCAGGUUGAUCAAUAUAAGUUGAAUGUGUUACAUCAAGAAGAGGAUGUUCAUGUGUUAACUGGUGCGUUAAAAUUAUUCUUUCGUGAAUUAAAAGAACCUUUAAUACCAUCAAGUUUUUUUAAAGAAGCGUUAAAUGCAAGUAUGUUAAAAAAAACCUCUGCUAAAGUUCAAUGUUUUCGUGAAAUUGUUAAAGCUUUACCACCUCCCAAUUAUGAUACUUUACAAUUUUUAUUAAAACAUCUGCUGAAAGUAACGUCAUAUCAAGAUUACAAUCGUAUGCAUAUACCAAAUCUUGCGAUCGUCUUUGGACCGACGUUAAUGUGGCCGGCAGAAGAGAGUGCAAACAUGGCUUUAGAUCUUAUGCAACAAAAUUUAGUUAUCGAAUGUCUUUUAUCCGAAUACAAUCAGAUUUUCAAAUAAAAAAUAAUUUAUUUUAGAAAAGAUGCGUUGUUAAACGUGAAAGUAUCGCCAUCUUUGGCUAUUCAAUCAUUCCGACAAGUAUAAUAUGUUCAAAGUAUUUAGCGUGAUAUAUAUUUUUUGGAGAUAUUCCAUUAAAAGAAGGGAGAUAUUAUUAUAUUGCGUACGUACUGUUUCUUGAGUAGUAUCAAUAAAAGUUAUGAUAAGACUUGAUUGUAAAGUCAAUGCCAUUCUGAUUGCGAAAAGUAUUUCUCUUUUUCAUUGCUACAACUUGAUACUGUGCACAAAUAAUAACAGAAAAAUAAUUUUUUAUCUUAAAUAAUAUAUUUCUGGUGCAAGCAUGUGCUCGGAGUAAUAAAUUACGGAUUUUAAUUAUUAUGUGAUUGUAUUUAUGUAAAUAUCCUAAAAAUAAAUUUAUUAAUACAGUCAAUUUCGGGCAGCAGAAAAAAAUUCAAGUUAAUAAUAGCCAAUGAUAGCCAAACAUCAAAAUGCUAGGACUAAUUUACUAUUUUAAGUUUGGAUUGUUAUUCACAUCGUAAAUAUUUAUCAUGGUUGGCGUAUUAUUUAUGUGUGCCUAACCCUUACAUUCCCUAUAAAUCGACUGUGAAAAGUUAAGUAAUUUCCAUUUGUAAGACGUCCAUUAUAUGUCAUUACUAUUUCACUAUAUCUAUAUUAUUUUUUUAUAUUAUUUUAUUUAACUUAAUAAUAUAUUUUUUUGCACGUUAAAACAUUUUAGAUGCAUAUAGAUAUGCUUUGAAAUUUUUUUUGGAAUUCAUUCAAAGUUGGUAAAAUAUAAGAGAAUAUUACAGUGUUUAAAUGUAUCAUUGUGGAUAGAAUCGAUUAAUAAUGUUCAUAAAUUUUUGCUGUUGUAUAUUUUAGAGAAAAGAAGAAUUAUUGUUCUUAAGAAUUCUUAAUAUUACAAAUGUUUUCUCGCUGCUUUUUAGUGGCAGCUUUAAUCUUUAAAUAUGCAAACAAAAUUGUAAAUUUAUGUAAAACUACAACUGCACUCGAUUAAUGUUUAUUGUUAAAUUAUGAAAUGAUAUACAGUCUAUUGAUAGGAAUGAAAAAAUACGGUGUUGGUCUUUCAAAGAUAUAUUUAUCUCGAAAUAUGUAAAACGAGAGAGAGACUUCAUUAUAUGAAUGUUUAAUAGAUCAUAGACUAUAUUUAUUUUUAUAAAUCAUAGUAUGGGUUAUAUUGAAACGAAAAUUGUAAUGAAGGGAAAAAGGAUUCACAUUUAAUAAUAAUCAGAAAAUUAUAUGAUUUUAAUAGCUAAAUGCGAUUAUAAUUGAUAUUUAUUGCAAGUUUAGUAAUUCAAUUUUUUGUUCAAUUGCACAAUCAUAUCAUUCAUCGUUCAUAUUUGCUAAGAGUUUAAUAGUCGAGUGUGUAGCGAAUUCAUCAUUAUUCUGAUUAUUCAAAUAACUAUCAACCAUAUUUUAAACAUUUUUUCCUUUCAUUAUUACUAAAUGGUUGUGUUAAUAGGUAAAUUAUUACGUCAUAUAACAUACCAACGUUUUAGAAUUAAGAUUGUUGUGUGAUUAAAAAGUGAAUAUAACUAAAAAUUAUUGCGACUAUUAGGUCAAAAAUUCUUACAAACCACCAUUUAGCUUCCAGUAGUUUUCAAAAGAAAAUUAAAAAUAAUAAGAAAUUAAUUGAAUUUCUGCUUCAAACAAUUUUAAAUAUGCAAUCAAAAAGAAAAAAUCUAUCAUUACAAGAUAAAUAGUUGUAAAAGAUCCAAUUUGUAUAAAAAGAGUUUUAUUGUCUGAUUUUUAAGCACUUUUUUCACAUAAUUUGUAAAGUACGUAAUUUAUUCUUUAUUAAAUAUUUGUAUGGAACUUCUGCUUUAUACUAGUUUAUAGUAUACGUUUUAAGUCUAUAUGAUUACGUUAAAUCUACACU